UCCUCCUCCUCCUCCUCCUCAUCCUCGCUGUCUCCCGCAGAGUCCCGGUUCCACCAUGUCUCUGGCGUUCUGCGGGAAUGAGAACAACUCGGCGGCCUACAACGUGGACGGAGGCGUCCUGAACAACGGCUGCUUCCUCGAUGCUCUCAACGUGGUCCCGCACGUCUUCCUCCUCUUCAUCACCUUCCCCAUUCUCUUCAUCGGUUGGGGCAGCCAGAGCUCCAAGGUGCACAUCCACCACAGCACCUGGCUGCACUUCCCAGGACACAACCUGCGCUGGCUCCUCACCUUCGUCCUGCUCUUCGUCCUGGUCUGCGAGAUCGCCGAGGGCAUCGUCUCUGAUGGGUUCAGCCAGUCCUUCCACCUCCACCUGUACAUGCCUGCAGCUCUGGGCUUCAUGGCGGGCAUCACCUCCAUCGUCUACUAUCACAACAUUGAGACCUCCAACUUCCCCAAACUGCUGAUGGCCCUGCUCAUCUACUGGGUGCUCGCCUUCACCAUGAAGACCAUCAAGUUCGCCAAGUACACCGAGCACGGCAUCGGCCUGCGGCAGCUCCGCUACUGCAUCACGGGGCUGCUGGUGCUGCUCUAUGGCCUUCUGCUGGCUGUGGAGAUCAACGUCAUCCUGGGCAGGCGCUACAUGUGUUUCGCCACUCCCACGGAGGUGAAGCCUCCCGAAGACCUUCAGGACCUCGGGGUUCGAUUCCUGCAGCCCUUCGUCAACCUGUUGUCCAAAUCCACCUACUGGUGGAUGAACAAGUUCAUCACUUCUGCUCACAAGAGGCCCAUCGACCUGAAAGUCAUCGGAAAACUUCCCAUCGCCAUGAGAGCGCUCACAAACUACAUCAAGCUUCGCAAAGAGUUUGAAGAUCAGAAGAGGCCUCUGGGUGCAGCCCCCCCUGGUCCAAAGUGGAUCUGGCAGGCCUUGAGGAAGGCCUUCGGCCGGCCGCUCAUCCUCAGCAUCAUGUUCCGGGUCCUGGCUGACCUGCUGGGCUUCGUUGGGCCGCUCUGCAUCUCGGGGAUCGUGCACCACAUCAGCAAAGACAAUCGGACCAUCCAGCAGCCGAUGAAGCUGCUCGGCAUCUACUUCAUCUCCUCCAAAGAGUUCCUGGAGAACGCCUAUGUGCUGGCUGUGCUGCUGUUCUUCGCUCUGCUGCUGCAGAGAACCUUCCUCCAGGCCUCCUACUACGCCGCCAUAGAAACGGGCAUCAACCUGCGUGGAGCCAUCCAGACAAAAAUCUACAACAAGAUCAUGCGCAUGUGCACGUCCAACAUGUCCAUGGGAGAGCUGACCGUUGCCCAGAUCUGCAACCUGGUUGCCAUAGAUACCAACCAGCUCAUGUGGUUCUUCUUCCUCUGUCCUAACCUGUGGGCCAUGCCGAUUCAGAUCAUCGUGGGGGUGAUCCUGCUCUACUACCUCCUGGGAAUCAGUGCCUUGAUCGGAGCGACCGUCAUCGCUGUGUUGGCACCGGUUCAGUAUUUCGUGGCCACGAAACUGUCCCAGACUCAGAAGAGCACUCUGGAAUACUCCAGCGAGCGGCUGAAGAAGACCAACGAGCUUCUGCGCGGCAUCAAGCUGCUGAAGCUGUACGCCUGGGAGAACAUCUUCCGUGACAGUGUGGAGGAGACCAGAGGCAAAGAGCUCAGCAGCCUGAAGGCCUUCGCUCUGUACACGUCCAUAUCCAUCUUCAUGAAUGCCGCCAUCCCCAUAGCGGCCGUGCUGACGACGUUCGUGAUGCACGUCCACAUCUCCGAGGACGCCGACCUGUCUCCGGCCGUGGCCUUCGCCUCUUUGUCCCUCUUCCACAUCCUGGUCACGCCCCUCUUCCUGCUGUCCAGCGUGGUGCGCUCCACUGUCAAAGCUCUCGUUAGUGUCCAGAAGCUCAGCGAGUUUUUCUCCUGUGAUGAGAUUGGAGAUGAGCACGAGCCCAAAGCCACGCUGACCUCUGGCUGCAGCAACCACAACCAGAACAAGUACCAGGCGGUGUCCUCCUCUGAAAGUCUCCCUUCGUCCUCCUUUCUGUCCCGCUGCCUGCAGCCCCUGAAGGUGGUGAACAGGAAGCGCCCGGCGAGGGACGACUGGAACAACUUCAGCUCUCGGGGGGACCAGGAGGCCGACGGGGUCUCCCAGGACCUGGACCAGGACAUCUGUAUAAAGAUAACUGCUGGUUAUUUCACCUGGACCGACGGACCGGCGACUCUUUCCAAUGUGGACAUCAAGGUUCCCUUCGGUAAGCUGACCAUGAUCGUGGGACAGGUGGGCUGCGGGAAGUCCUCUCUGCUGCUGGCGGCUCUGGGGGAGAUGCAGAGAGUGUCUGGGACGGUCACCUGGAACAGCUUUCCGAGUCCGGAGUCCCAAGGAGAUGAGAGCCCCACCGCCGACAGAGAUGCAGCAGGUGACGGCGACAUCAGGAAGAGAGGGCCUGUGGCCUACGCUUCCCAGAAGCCCUGGCUGCUGAACGCCACCAUAGUGGAGAACGUCACCUUUGAGAUGCCCAUGAUCAAGUCCAGGUACAAAGCCGUGAUCGAGGCCUGCUCUCUGCAGCCCGACAUCGACAUCCUUCCACAGGGGGACCAAACGGAGAUCGGGGAGCGGGGCAUCAUCCUGUCCGGAGGUCAGAAGCAGAGGAUCAGUGUGGCAAGGGCGCUGUACCAGCAGACCAACGUGGUGUUUCUGGACGACCCGUUUUCUGCUCUAGACAUCCACCUGAGCGACCAUCUGAUGCAGGACGGCAUCCUGAAGAUGCUGAGGGAGGAGAAGAGGACGGUGGUUCUGGUCACACACAAACUUCAGUACCUGCCGCAUGCAGACUGGAUCAUCGCCAUGAAAGAAGGAACAAUCCAGACGGAGGGGACGCUGAAGGACAUCCAGAAGUCGGAACCGGAACUCUUCGAGCAGUGGAAGACGCUGAUGCACAGGCAGGACCAGGAGUUCCAGACGGAGACGGUGGCGCAGACCAUGACGGAUCUGGAGAGGAAAAACCUGCGGAGGGCCAUGUACUCCAGAGAGGCGGCCAAAACGGAGGACGACGAGGAAGGGGCCGCCCUGCUGCUCCAUCCAACAGAAGACUCCGUGGAGAGCGAGGACGACGACAACCUGUCCCAGGUGAUGCGUCAGCGAGCCACCAUCCCCUGGCGCUCCUGCGGCGCCUACCUGUCCUCGGCCGGGCUGCUGCUGCUGUCGCUGCUGCUGCUCUCACAGCUGCUCAAACACUCGCUCAUGGUCGCCAUCGACUACUGGCUGGCCCGCUGGACCUCCCACGUCAUCUCGGCCAAGGCGGACGGCUCGCCUCGCAACUGCUCUGCGGCUCAGGACUGCAGCUUCAGCCACUCCUGGUACCUGUCCGUCUUCAGCGUGCUCUGCUGCCUCGGCAUCAUCCUCUGUCUCGCCACCUCCGUGGCCGUGGAGUGGACGGGCCUCAAGGCGGCCAAGGAGCUCCACCACGGCCUGCUCAACAAGAUCAUCCUGGCGCCCAUGAGGCUCUUCGAGACGACUCCGCUCGGCAGCAUCCUCAACCGCUUCUCCACCGACACCAACACCAUCGACCAGCACAUCCCCACCACGCUGGAGUGCCUCUCCCGCUCCACGCUGCUGUGCGUCUCCGCCCUGGGCGUCAUCUCCUACGUGACGCCCGUCUUCCUGGUGGCCCUCCUGCCGCUGGCCGUCACCUGCUACUUCAUCCAGAAAUACUUCCGCAUGGCGUCCAGGGACCUGCAGCAGCUGGAGGACAGCACCCAACUGCCCCUGCUGUCCCACUUCUCAGAGACAGUGGAAGGACUCACCACAAUAAGAGCCCUCAGGUACGAGCCGCGCUUCAGGCAGAGGCUGCUGCAGUUCACGGACGCCAACAACAUCGCCUCGCUCUUCCUCACGGCGGCCAACCGCUGGCUGGAGGUCCGCAUGGAGUACAUCGGGGCGUGUGUGGUCUUGGUGGCAGCUGUGGCCUCCAUCAGCAACUCCCUUUAUAACCAGUUGUCCCCUGGGCUGGUGGGGCUCGGCCUGACGUACGCGCUCAUGGUGUCCAACUACAUGAACUGGAUGGUGCGAAACUUGGCAGACAUGGAGGUGCAGCUUGGCGCCGUCAAGAGGAUUAAUGGUCUCCUCAGAACUGAAGCUGAGAAUUACGAGGGGCUCCUCACUGUGUCUCAGGUGCCGGACGGCUGGCCCCGCCACGGAGAGAUCAAGAUCCAGAACCUGAGCGUCCGGUACGACGCCUCGCUGAAGCCCGUGCUCAAAAACGUCAAUGCGCACGUCAGCCCGGGACAGAAGGUGGGGAUCUGCGGCCGCACCGGGAGCGGCAAGUCCUCCUUCUCGCUGGCGUUCUUCCGCAUGGUGGACAUGUUCGAGGGGAGGAUCGUCAUCGACAACAUCGACAUCUCCAAGCUGCCCCUGCAGACACUCAGGUCCCGGCUGUCCAUCAUCCUCCAGGACCCUAUCCUGUUCAGCGGGACCAUCCGGUUCAACCUGGACCCGGAGAUGAAGGCGACCGAUGAGAUGCUGUGGGAAGCUCUGGAGAUCGCGCAGCUGAAGUCGGUGGUGAAAACGCUGCCGGGAGGUUUAGACGCCGUGGUGACGGAGGGCGGCGAGAACUUCAGCCAGGGCCAGCGGCAGCUCUUCUGUUUGGCCCGAGCCUUCGUGAGGAAGAGCAGCAUCCUCAUCAUGGACGAGGCCACGGCCUCCAUCGACAUGGCGACGGAGAGCAUCCUGCAGAAGGUGGUGAUGACCGCGUUUGCCGAGCGGACGGUGGUGACCAUCGCACAUCGUGUCCACACCAUCCUGAACGCCGACCUGGUGAUUGUGAUGAAGCGGGGGAUCAUCCUGGAGCACGACACUCCCCAGGCCCUGCUGGACAGGGAGGACAGCGUCUUCGCCUCCUUUGUGCGUGCAGAUAAGUAGCACCUGCAGAGGGGGAGGAGGAGGAGGAGCACGAGAGGAAGACAUUCAAAGUGCAAUUGUCCCGUGGAAUAUACAUUUUUUUACUCAUGUGUAUAUUUGUACAUAAAAUUAUUACUGCUUUGGUAAUAAAACGUGAAUGAUCUCA